GAAGAUUCAAUUUUCCCACAGCUGGUGUUAUCAAAGUUGAACUCUCAAUUAUUCUCCACCGAUGUAACAAAAUUAUCAAAUGUGAACUAUAAACAAAUUUGACCGAAAUUACAAAUAUUCAAAAGAAGCAGAACUAAUCGUGAUGUUGUUUGAGAUUCAAGGUAAAGUGGCAUUAGUCACUGGGGGAGCUUCUGGAAUUGGACUUGAUGUUUGCAAGAAACUUCUUAGAGAUGGUGUCAGAGGAUUAACAAUAGCUGACAUCAAUCAAGAAGUUGGAGAAAAAGUAACUGAGAGUUUGAAAAGGGAAUUUGACUCUAGUAACGUUAUAUUCGUUCGUACUGAUGUAUCGAAUAGGAAUUCUUUUGAGGAGGCUUUCAAACAAACACUCCUGGCUUUCAAGAACGUUGAUAUCCUAGUUAACAAUGCAGGAAUUUUUGAUGACCGAUGUUAUGAAAAGGAGAUCGAUAUUAAUUUCAAAGGUGCUGUGCAUGGAAUCACCCUUGGAUUCCAAAAAUACAUCACCGAAAACAAAUCAGGAGCUAAAGGAGUUAUUGUCAAUACUGCUUCUAUAACUGGUACUCGGGUUUAUCCAUCAAUGCCAAUUUAUGGCGCCACUAAAAGCGCACUGGUCUCCCUAACGAUGGCAUUAGGGGAUGAAAUUCACUACGAAAGAACGAAAGUGAGGGUGGUAGCCGUAGCCCCUGGUUUCACCACCACAAACCUUGGGUUAAACCGUCCCUUGACAGACAUAAGCUUGGAUGAUGAUUUUGGCAAGGUUUUGGAAGAUCAAGUUCCUGGAUACAUUGAACAGCCGGUAAAUAUUGUCGGGGAGAAUAUUAUAAAGAUUAUUAGGGAAAAACCUUCAGGAACUGUUUGGAUUUCUGAGGAUGAAAAAGAUAUAUACGAAUAUAUCCCAUCAAGACCAACCUACAAACCCACUUAAAGAACUUGAAUAAAACGAGCUUUUUUAUUUAUUUGUAUUGAAACAAAGCGUUGUAAUGUGUGCAAUAUUAUAUUUCAUUUUCAUGAGUGA